AUGAAUCAUCUUGACCUAAACAAUCAACUAACUAUAUUCUGGGAACUUGAAGAAGUUCAAGAAAAACCUACAAUAUCUACUGAAGAUGUUUUCUGUGAAAACUUAUAUAAAAAUACAACUUUUAGAGAAAAUGGUCGUUUCGUAGUGGUCCUACCCGUUAAAUCCGAAUAUACUGAUAAUAUACCCCUCGGCAACUCUCGCAACUCAGCCCUAACUCAAUUUCUUAGAAAUGAGAGUAGACUUAAAAGGAACCCACAAUUAAAACACGAUUACGACAAAGUAAUUGAAGAAUAUUCACUUCUCAAUCAUAUGAUCACCGUAAUACCAGACUUAUCUGCUCCCCCUAACUCUUCGUUCUACUUACCCCACCAUUCUGUGCUCAAGCCCGAAAGCACAACCACGAAACUUCGUGUUGUAUUCAACGCAUCUAGUUCCACUUCAUCUGGAUUAAGUCUGAAUGACGUAUUACAUCCCGGAACAGUUUUACAGCAAGAUUUAACUGUGCUAAUUACUCGUUGGCGUUUGUUCAAAUACAUAUUUAAUGCUGACAUCGAAAAAAUGUAUCGGCAGAUACUGCCUUUGCGAGAAAAUGUCACAAAACGAACCGUACUAUCAGAUAUUGCAAGAUUGUUUGACCCAGCUGGAUGGCUGGCCCCAAAGAUUGUUGUCGCAAAAAUGAUUAUGCAGCAGAUUUGGAAGGACCAAAUCGAAUGGGAUGAAAACUUAAAGCCAGAAACUAUGCGCAGUUGGCUUUUAUUGAUAUCAAAAUUGAUAUCAUCAUUUUGA